AUGUGUGUGGACGGCACAUCGUGCAAGCGCAAGGUCUGCUUCUUCGCGCACAGCGCAGCGGAGCUGCGGCACCCUGACCCCGUGGCCUCAGACGUGCCCGGCCUCGACGGCCUCUGGCUGGACGCACCCCAGCAGCAGCAGCAGCAGCACAUGCUGGGUCUGCCGCAGCAGGUGCAGGCUACUCCGCCACACCAGGUCCAGAUGCAGCUGCUGCCUCACCAACCCCACCAGCCUCCAGUGGACGCGGCGGCCUGCAUGCCUCCUCUGGCUGGCCAGCCGUUUGAGGGGCCGCUGCAGCAGCAGCAGAUGCAGAUGCCCAUCAUGCAGCAGCACCAACAGCAGCAGCACCACCAGCAGGUGCUCUUGAGGUCGGGGUCGUGGGGCGCUGCCAUGCCGCAGGUCGCCACCGUGAUGCCGCUGCCGGUGGCUCACAGGAACUCCCCCGGGCCACAGGGCGGGUCAUGGCCGCCGCCGGGGGCGAUUGGGUCUGGCGGCAGCUGGUCGGCGCCGCUGGCGCGCCUGGACAGCGGCCACGGCAGCGGCAGCAGCGCAAGCAGCGCCGCCGCCGUGGCGCGCUCGACCUCUGGCAGCAGGUUUGUGGGGCUCGCCCACACGCCAGCAGGCCGCAGCGGCAGCGACGGAGGCUGCAGCAGCAGCGGCCGCGGGGGCGGCGCCGACGCUGCCGCGGCGGCCGGCAUGCUGCAGUCGCUGUUGCUAGAGGCGCAGGCUGGCCGCAAGGCAGCGGAGGCCGCGACCGCCGCCGCGCUGCGCGCUGACGCGGCCGCCAACCGAGCCGCGAGCCAUGCUGCUGCUAUUGCCAAUGAGCUGUGGCUUGGGCCGUCAGGCAAUGUGAUGGCACCCAAUGGCAGGUCCGACGGCCAAGGCCACAGCCACGGGGGCCUCACUUGGCUGGGUGCCACCGGCGACAGAACCAGCGGCGCCGGCGGCCCGGGCAGCCCCCUCUCUCAGACGCUUGCCUCGCCAGCAGGGCUCAGCAGUGCGGGCGCCUCCGGCACCUUUGCGUGCAUCAGGGGUGGGAGCGGCCCGUUGCCGGGCGCGGGCGCAGUGUGCUCUGCGCAGGAUGCGGCUGGCUGGCACCUGGCGCCCGCAGGCCACGGCGGCCAGCCGGCCCUGGACCACGGCGACCCCAACACCCUGGUGCCCAUCAUGCUCGUGCAGCGCAAUGGCAACACCUGGCCUCGCGGCUGA